AAAAUUAACGUCGAGCCAUUGAGUUGUUAAAAUAACAUUGCAAUAUUGUUAAAUAAAAGACGCGUUUUUCAAGUUUUGUGUUGUUUUUUUUUAUAUUUUGUUAAUUAAUAAACUCCAAUAUCUUGCAUGACUGGAAACAUGACCUUAAACUAAAUUUAUUGGACGUAAAACAAUACAUGACACACAUCAGCCAGCCAGCAGCAUUCAAUAGUAAUACGAAAACAUGCCUCGUAAACUUUUAAAAUUUCUCAUUAUAUUCGAUAAUACAUCGCUGUUGUAUUUCCCGGGACAAUUCCUAUCGGGUCGUGUGUUAUUGGAACUGCAAGAUGACACACCGGCCUUGGGUCUACACUUCCAUGUAGUGGGCGAAGGUGUGGUACGAGCGGGUACAGGACGCCAGGAACGUGGUACUUAUGAUAAAGAAAAUUAUAUAGAUUUUCGUAUGCGCCUUUUAGGCGAUGUGGAUCAAGGUCCCACAGUUUUGUCACCUGGAAUACAUAGUUUUCCCUUUAAAUUGGGCUUGCCUUUGGGUUUGCCUUCAACAUUUUUGGGCCGUUAUGGUUGGAUACAGUACUACUGCAAGGCGGCUUUGAGGGAACCCAAUGGUUUGAUACAUAAAAAUCAUCAAGUAUUUAUUGUCAUGAAUCCCAUCGAUUUGAAUAUGGAGAAGCCGAUAUUAGCGCAACCCUUUACUUGUGAAGUUGAGCAUAAAAUGGGCGUGGCCUGUGUAGGCGGUGGCAUGGUAAAAUGUCGUGUAGCCUUAGAUCGUGGUGGUUAUGUGCCUGGAGAAAGUGUUUUAGUAACAGCCUUUAUAUCUAAUCACAGUAAUGCCACCAUAAAACGUACCAAAGCAUCGCUGACAGAGACCGUUGAAUAUUUGGCUCGCGGCAAAGUGGUGCAAACGGAAAAACGUGCUCUGGCGGUAUUAGUACGCGGUAAAAUACGUCCUGGUGGCAAAGAUGAAUGGCAAAAUGAUAGUCUGUAUGUGCCACCACUGCCACCCACAAAUCUCCAUGGCUGCCAUUUGAUUAAAAUAUCCUACGAUGUCUUCUUUGUCAUUGAGCCCAAAUCGCUGGAAAAGGAAAUUAAAUUGCAAUUACCCAUUGUUUUAGCCACAUAUCCAUUCCGUUCCACCGGCAAUGACGUCUCGAAUACUUGGCCAGAUUCGGUGCUUAAACCAGAUACCCACUAUCCCUCAACAUUGCCCAUAUUUCGACCCUGGUUGCAUGAGAAACCAGAAUCUAAUUGAUAAAAAAUUAUAAAAUUUUUAUUUAAUUUCUAACCCAGUUUAAACACUUGCAGAAUGAAGUAUAUUUAACAAGAGUUUUUUUUGUUGAAAAACAAAAAUGAACAAAAAAACGAAACCAUAUUUAAAGAAGAGAUUAAAUAUUUUUAAUGAAAUCUGUUUUUUCUUAAAGCCACUUAGAACGCCUACUGAUUUUUAUAAGAGUAUAUAUUUGGAUUUAAUCAUAAAUGGCGAAUCAACUGAUUGAGAAAAGAAGAAAAAAAUUGUAUAAAAAAAACUGAAACUAAAAACUUAAAAACACAUACCCAGCCAUACUUUGUUGUGAAAAUAAGAUUUUACUUUUAUGUGUAGGUACUUAUUAAUUAUAUUAUUAAAAUUUUUAUUAUUUUUAAUUUUUAAUUCUAUGUUUUAAUAAAUUUAUAAUAUUAAUUAAUUAAUAAUAAGCUGUGUAUAAUAAAUGCA